UUCGUAAAUGUAUAAAUGAACUAAAACGAUUAUGACACUCGACAAUGAGUCUCCAAAUAAUAAUGACGUCACUGGAACGAAUUCUCAUCAUCCACCCGGAGACAGACCGAAGCAUGAAAAGAGAGAGGGGUUACAGCACAAAAAGGAUUCAAAACAUCGAUCUACACCAGAUCACAGUAAAGAAAGAAAUAAGAAAAGUUUGUUGUCUCACAAAUUAAAUGAUCAUAAUGGCCAUACGGACAAACCAUCAACUAGAGAUGGUAAGAAGAGGAGAGCGAUACUGAAACGCAGUGAUUCUUCGCUGAGUGCUGUAUCUGCUAGAAGCGGAAAGUCGAGCGUGACAAUAUCAGAACAUCCAAAGCGUCCACCACUCAGUGCAAAAAGCAGAAGAAUUCAAAGAAAGUGGAGAUCCAUAACUAGCCGAGCUGCGUCACUAGUUGGCAGCGUAGCAUCUGUAGACAGUCGAGGAAGACCAAAAACUUUUCCAAUAUGGCCGGAAUUUACAGAAAAUGACAUUGCUUCAGAAAAAUGGGAAUCAGCUUCAAAAGGUAAGGAGAAAGGCAAAAGUCCAAGUUUGUCAUCAUUUGAAGAUCCUGAAGGAAAACUAGAAUUACCAUCAUCUAUAAAAGUUCAUGAAUGGAAAAGACCCGUGGACUUCCUCGAAGGAAAGACACCAGUUAUUCUGGAUGAUAAUGAAGGUGACUUUGAUCUAUUGAGACCAAAUGAGCAUCUAUGUCACAGUGAGUUGAUGAGAUGCAUUAUUGGUCAGAUUACUUCGUUAUGGAAUAUAUCUGCAAGUAAGACCAGAUCCACAACAUCUCUUUCUGCAAGAAAUAGUGCUACUCCUGAACCUGGUGAAGACAAUUUCUGGAGACCAUGGGAACAUAUUUAUGCAAUGACCAAACUAGCUAAAGGACCCAAUAUUCCGCAAUAUAAUCCAUAUGGAAAAUAUGUUGUCAAGCUAUAUUGGAUGGGAUGUUGGCGCAAGAUAACCAUUGAUGACUAUAUGCCGUUUGAUUCAGAAGGCAGAUUAUUGUUUCCUGCUUUGCAAGAAGAUUAUAAAUUAUGGCCAAUGUUGUUGGCAAAGGCUUUGAUAAAAGUGGCUGCGAUUGAUUACACCAAUAAUGAGGCUGGAUGUGAAUUUGGAGAUUUUUUCGUUAUACAGUGUUUGACAGGAUGGCUUCCUGAGACCAUUCCUCUUAAAGGUCUUGUUACUCAAUAUGUUAUACAUAAGCGUCAACUUUUGAAGCAAUUAACUAGCGAUAGAUCGAAUAGAUGUGAAGGUGAUUGUGAGACUGCAGAAAUUGUGACUCCUAAUAUACCUGCAGACCAGUGGUAUGGUCAUUUGCAAAAAGUUUGGACUUUAUUGAAAGAUAUUCUACCAGAGUGGCAGAGACCUGUGGAAAAACCAAAGGAGAUAAUUACUGAAUCUGAAAUCCCAAUUGCACCAGUUACUUCAAAGAAAGAUAGAUUGGAGUCCGGAGUGGUUAAGCCAGAUGCAAGUGUGGGAAGUGCUCAUAAAGGAGGGAAAGGUAAAGAUGGCAAGAAAAAGGAUGAUCGAGAAAAAAGUAAGUCAACUCCACAUUCAGCUCGACCAGUUUCAGCUCGUUCAGUGGCAGACAAAUCUGCAGUUGAACAAGAUUCAGUCAACCAAAUUGAUAAACGUCCAGAAACAGUUGUUUUCGCAACAUUCAGUCAACCUGAGGAAUCACCAGCCAGAGUUUCUGUUCUGAAGGAAAUGGCUGAUGCUAGUGAAAAACUUCGUAAAGUCGGACUUUCUAAUUUACACCCCCAUCCUGUUUUGUUGACUAAAACUCGAGAUAUUCCUCUCAAACCACCACCACCUCCACCAGUGAUACCAAGAUGGAAAUUAAUCAGACCAAAGAAGAAAAAGAUGACUCCGUCUGAUGAACCAAUUCCGGAGCCAGAACCACCAAAACCUGAUCAAUGGUUGGAAAUAACAUCAGCAUUUGUGAAUCAUCGUCUCAAUCCAUUACCUCUUGAUCCAAACUUUGUCAAGUCUCGUACUUCCCCUCUGGGACCAAAAGGUUCUCGUCCUUCAACUGGAGCCACUUUGAAAGGAAUUGAUGAGGAUGUGGAGGAUAAACCUGAACCACCUAAAGAAGAUGGUGUUUUUCGUGCUCAACAUGUAUCUUCAAAAAGAAGAGCUUCAACAAAACGGGAUUUGUCAUCUCGUCACAAAGAUCGUCGAGAUUCAGCAGGACGUGCAAGUCCUUCUGUACAAAGUCAUAUCAGUAGUGCUAGAGAUGCUGAUCAUGAUAGAGAAAGUUUAAGGAGUCAAGCUGCAGCACAAGAGACAAGUCAGCAAGAUGGAAGGGAUUCCGCAAUUAAUGAUCUUCACUUGGAAGAAAUUAAAGAUACUAAGACUGAUGUUAUCAGCACUGAAUCCAUUAACAAGACAAUGUGGAUGGACUUUGAAGAUUUCUGCAUGAGUUUCCAAACUCUUGUCAUUUUUCACAAGCCUGCAACUUACACUUGCAAUCGUUUGACGACUGAAAUCAAACAUUCAAUGAUCACAGGAGCGCCUAGUGGUGGAACUUCAAGCAAAAAGGGAUCAGCUAAUGCUACACAGGCUGGAUCAAACACUAAUUUGAAAGGAUCGGCUUAUCAGAAAGAGGAAGAACGAGCACCAAGUUUUCUGUUUGUUGACAAUGUUUCUACUACUGAACUGGUUGUAUCGUUCUCUGUAUUGCCAAGAUGGAGCGGAAGCGAAACUGAAAGAGAUAAAAAGAUUUCGGAUAAUCAAUCUAUUACAGGGGUGUCUGAAGUUGCAAGUGUCAAAGAAACCAGUACUACACCUGUCCCAACUGGACUGUUGGUUGCUGAACCAUAUUCAUGGAAAAGUUUAGUAGUCGGACAACCUAUACUCAGAAUAAGGACAACAGGUACUCGUGCUGCAUGUCUCACUUUACCUCCUGGUCGUCAUGUUUUGAGAUUUUACUUCGAUACUCCAUUGGGAUACAGUCUCAAUAUUUGUUCUUCUGUCAACUUUGUAUAUGGAGAUGAGGAAUCUGUUAUGAAACCGUUACUUGAGGAAAGCUGUCGUUUUGUACAUACUGCUAUCAGUAUUAUGCAAGGUAUUGGCAAGUGUAUCGAAGCAAUGGGUGAUAUGGAAGCAUGGAAUAACGCUAAGAAAGAAUUACAUAAAAGUCAUAUGCCAUACACUGCGGAAAAUAAGGCAGAGUUAAUCAAGCAUUAUGGGAUAUGGCACAGGACUUUUUAUGACACGAUGGCACAAUUGAUGGCAGAAAACAAAGUUCCUGCUCUUGCAUUCGCUCUGCGAUCCUUCAACUUUGAUCUCUCACCCCAACCUAUGGGUAUUCUUGGAGAUCCCAGAGAGCCUAUAGAACCUCAUGAAUCCUGGGCGAAUCGAACUCCCACUGAAGACGAACUAAAAGCAAUAAAAAAAAUACAAGGGCAUUGGAGAGGAGCUUUAGCUCGUAGAAUGAGACGGGUUAUAACACGAAAAGACUCAACUGAACAUCUCACUGCAAAAGAUGUUUUGAACACUGCUUGGCAAAUUAUACAGCCAAAUUUGGAACCUAUUGGAUUGAAAUUAUUGAGGUCAAUGCUCAAGGAAGAUCCAUCUCUCCUUGAAAAAUAUCCAUUUCACAAAGAUGAAUGGAACAAAAUCAGUUACGCUGACUUUGCUGGAACCUAUGAUGACCAACCACCUAACACUUGGUUUGUUAUGUUCAGGGAAAUAUUUACUGUUGAAGAAGAUAUGCUUUGUGUGCCAAAAUUAUAUACUCCAUUACGAACAUGCUCACUACGAGUUGUUGACAAUGACACUGGGACUGAAAUUAUGAGAGUGUUUCAAAAAGUGGCUCCACAUAUUUAUCAGAAAAACAAAAGAGGAUACACUUUUAUCUGCGAGGCAAGAUCAUUGGAAACUCCCAUUGUUGGUGGGAAAUGGAGACUGCGAUUGAUUGGUUCAUCUAGUCCUCUACCUCAGCCAAUGAGUGGACAAGUAAAUUAUCACUUCAAAGUGAAAGACAACAAUGGAUAUUAUGUUCCAAAUGAAAAGAACAUCAUUUUAAGACACCAUGUCAAAACUAAAUCAGAUAUGAUUGGAACCAUACAACUACAAACUGCAAAACCAGAUGUUUAUGUGAAACUUCAGGUUCUUGACCAUGAAGUUGAAAUUGCAAGUGCACAGGGCAAAGGUCAUUGCGUUAUUCCAGCAUUUUAUUUCCUGAGUGAUGAAAAAUCAGAUGACAGAGCUUCCAGUAGAUUGUCUCACCAAGAAAGCAAGGCUCUUGUUAACCAACCAAGCAAACUAGGAAUCUCUGGAAAGAAAAGAACUGGUUCAGCCAAAAGUAAAGAUGGAAAACCAGCCAGCCCAAAACAAAGUCGCAAGGAUUCUGCAGAUGCAGAAAAGCUUAGUAUUUCAAAACCAGAUGGUACGAGUGUUGGAUCGGAAGAUAUUGGAGCUGAAUCUGUCAUCCCUCACAAAUACACUAUUCAAGCAAUAGUAGAAAGAAAUAGCUGGCCUCUGCCUGAAUCUCAAUGGGCAUUCGUACAAAAACUACGAGAGCAAGAAAAAGAAGAAAUCAAAGUAUAUACAGGAAAAAGAAAAAUCUCUGUAGCAAAAAAAUCAAAACAAGAUAGACCUGGAUCCCCAAGUGCAAAGGUCGCUGGAUCUGGCGGAAAAACAUCAGCUGCUCCUGAUAAAGGAAAGAAGGGAAAAGGGGAUAAAGGAGCAAAAGAAAAGAAGACUCAUGAUAAGGAAUCGGGUUCACGACCUCCAUCUCAAGUUGUGUAUGAUAGUUCAAAACCAUACUGGAUUCUAAAUGUUGUUGUUGAUGAUGAGAAAGCCGAUGAUGUUGAAGUUAAGAAAGACAUUGAUCGACAGGAACAAAUUAAAGCUGAAAAAAGAGCUUGGGAAGCUCAACAACCUGGCAGAGCAGUUAAGGCAUUACAAGCACGUUUAGCAUAUCUUGAAAAAUCAACCAAAAAGGUUGAAAAAGAUUCAGAUAAAGAAAAUGAAGAGGAGGGAAUGAAAUCUGAGGAACUGUCUGAAGUUGAACCGACUGAACCAAAAGAUGAAGUUUUGACUCUUCAUCCUCCACGACCUCCGACCCCAAAGAUCAUUCUCAAUCCUUUGGAUCUCACUCCCUAUUAUAGGCCAAAAAUGAAUGAUGAAGUUUAUACACAAUACCUAGAUGAUGAUGUUUCUACCGAAAAAGAUCUGAAAGAAAAGAAUAUAGUGAACCAGUAUGAAAAAGAAAGGCAGGCUGUUAUGGAUUGGAGAGAGAAAGAAAGAUGUGAGAGAUAUCAACUGAAAAUAAAUCAACUGAAGACUUUCCAAGAAAUGCAGAACAAGCUAGACGAUGCUCGUGCUGAGUUACGAAAACCUCGAGAAGCAUAUCGUCAAACUCUUCUUGAGGAAGAGCAGAGGAGAAAAGAGGAGGAGGAAGAAAAAGCUGCAGCUUUACUUGCAGCACAAGAAAACAACUCCGGGAGUGUUUCUCCGAAGGGAAAAAAGAGUGCUGGGAAAAAGAAAAAAUAAAUAUUAGCAAAAAUAUAUAUUUUCAUUUGUUCUUUGAAUUUAAUUUUUUGCACUUAUAUUUUUAGUUACUGUGCCCUUGAUAAUUUAAUUAUACGCUUCCAUGUUUUAAUUGAUGAUGAAUUUCAUUUUCUUUACUUGAGAUUCGUCAUUGUCUGAGCGCGGAAAUGUAUAUUCCUCUUACCAUGAAUUUAAAUAAUUCCAUAAAGCUCCUUUAGUAGUUGGUGAUUGGUUCGGUUUUCUGAUGUUAUUUUUGCACAUGAUGUUAUUUUUUAAAAAAGACAUAUUUUCGUAUUUUAUUGUGUUUUGCUUCGUCCAAACUAUUACGUGGUAAGAUGUUUGUUAGCGUAUUGUUAAACACACACGUAUACCUCUAUGAGAUUAUGUAAAAUCGUUAACUGGGAUACAAAUUCUGAAACACCAAGUAUGUGUUGACCAUAAUAAGAUGGUAUUUGGUGACGAUGGCUUCCAUCAUAAAACUGUCUUACUACGGCGCUAAAAUUUUCAUUGUGAAAAUAAAGCCGCUUAGAUGAUUCAACUACAACUAACCGAAUUCAUGAUACUCUGCACGGGUUCACAGUUUUGGAGUCUUCAAAGUGCGCGAAUUCCCAUCGUGCUUUCUACAAUUUAGUUAAACUCAAAUGUGGCAAUUCAAAAAAUUCGUCGAAAGCGCAACUCACUUUACGCGAUUGGCAUUGUUAUGCGUCUGGCUGACAUUUUUAGUUGUAAUAAUAUAUAUGUCAUGAGUUGACACGACGGAAACGUCCAGGCGUCAACAAUUAGUAUCAUCUUUAGAAUUGAAGGUAGGAAGCAUAUGUACGUUCCUCGUCGUUUUUGUAGAAUUGACUCGUUCAUAGUAUACUUUAUUGCGAAUGAGAAUUAAGUGUCAAUAAUACCCACAUAGCGGAAACGGAGGAUGCAUGACGCGCAUUUAUAUAGAGCACACGCGCCAUGACAGCAUGGUUCAAAUUUCAGUCUACUGCAGCAGCUGCUUUUCUUGUGACUGGAGGAAGAAUACGGACUUACUGCAGAAAUAAUGGCUAAUAAAUCUUUAGCUAUCUCGGGAUUUGUAGUAGCUUUAAUCGCGACAUUAGCUAUUUGUGUUGGUCUAGCAACGCCGUCUUGGAUUAGCACAGUUUUGAAGAAAAUUGAUAUCACUUUAGGCAUCUUUCAGAUAUGCGAGGCUGGAUAUGGGAACUCUGCUUGUAGCAGCAUAGUAGAGUAUGUAUUCGGCGACAGCAAUGACAACCUAUAUGCAAUGUUACUUCCUCCGGCAAUAUUUACUGCCAUCAAGGUCGUUCUUGGGACACUGAUUGCGGCUAUAAUUCUCUCAUUUAUUGCACUGGUCUUACUGGGGCAACACGUAUGCGGCGACAAAGAAGGCGGGAAACGGGGACCAGUCAUCGGAGGAACAUUCCUUCUGGUUUCAGCUAUUUUGAGCAUUGCUGGAAUUGCAAGCUUUAUCGGGAUAUUACUCGCUGAAAGACAGAAGCAAAGUGGAAAUAUGGGAGCACUAGCAGGAAUAAAACAUCUCGUUAUUUCAAUGGGAUACAGCUUUUGGCUUACUUGCGUUGGUGCUGUUUUUACCUUGAUAUCAUCAUCCCUAGCAUUCUUUUCGUUGUAAAUGGGUACCUUACACAUAGGCUAUGACCAACUGGUUUAUAUUCGCCAAAAUUAUCAAUUUUUUAUAUUGAAAUAACAUAGAAAAAGUAAAAGAAAGCAUAAAAUUCGGGAAUAUAUUCAUGCAUUACACAACACGUUCGUAUGACAGAUAGAAAAGACUUUUGAUUAGACUUUGUGUUGCAAUUAUUCAUUUUAAUUAUUAUUUCCUAUUUUACCUUUGAAAAGAAUUUGUCAAAAAUAUUUUGUGGAUGCCAACUGCUAUAAAAUUAAACAGUAAUUAGUUCUGGGGAUUGUAUUGAAAUGAAUUGGCUAUUUAAGCAUUUUUUUCUCUUUGUUAUAUGAGAAUGGACAAUUGUUCAUUUUCGAGUAUUUGCAUAAUGAUUUUACAUAAUGAACACGUCAUGAUAAAAUAAACGAUAAAACCAGGAACUCGAAUGGUCCAAAGAUGAUCAUAUCUUUGUGACUUAAUUGCUUUCAACUAUCUGAAACUUGAAACACUUAUAUGCGUAUAUUUAUCACGAGAAGAGACGAAAAUAAAGUACAUCCACUUCAAA